AUGGGGUGUAGGGAGCUGAGGUUAGAUUUCAGCCGCGGCGACGCCAGUUUCACCAUCAGUUACCUCACAAAUUCAUGUGGAUUGUCGUUGAAAGACGCCUUCUUCGUAUCCGCGAAAUUGUGCAUCAAAUCGCGAGAGAAUUCAGAUACAAUAUUGCAGCUACUCAAAAGGUACGGAUUCACAAAUGCUCAGAUCUCCAGGCUCGUCAGGAAAUGGCCGGGCGUUCUUCAAUCCAGAGCCGACAAAACCAUAUCACCGAAGCUCGAAUUCUUCUGCUCAAUCGGCGUUCCGCCCGCCGCCUUGCCGCAGAAGCUCUCCGAAUACCCGUUUCUGAUGCGGCGUAGCUUCGACAACUAUUUCACCCCAUGGUACAAGUACUUGAAAAGCAACGUUCAAUCUGACAAAAACGUGGUCGCCGUGUUUCUCAGCAGUCCAAGGGCGUUCACACACGGCUGGCCGGAAAGGAUUCAUUCCAACAUCGGUAUUCUGAGAGAGAGAGGGGUACCCGAGUCUUCAAUCACUUUGUUGAUAGUGAACAAGCCAUCGAUGAUGAUUCUGAAACAGGACAAGUUCGGCGCCUGUGUUGAUUGGGCUGCCGAAUUGGGACUCGCGCCGUCGAAGGUUGUGUUCGUUCGCACCCUCCAAGUGUUCGGUAGAUUGUCUGAGUCGACUGUGAAGCAUAAAAUGGGCGUCUACAGAAGGUGUGGUUGGUCCGAAUGUGAUCUAAAUGUAAAAUGCUGCAUUUUUAAGAAUACAUACUACUCCCUCUGUCCACGAAAAAGUGUUCCAUUUGGGUGCGGACACAGUCACACGAGUAGGGCAUAA